AGAAAAUGGAAAAGUACAUUGUAAACAAUUUGCAGUUUAUAACAUGGAGGAUUAUACUCCUAUUGAUGAAGAUUUUCCUGGACGUCUAUUACAUCAAGCUGCUCUGUGGGAUAAUGCAGAACUGUUACAAGAUCUGUUGCAAGGAGAGCAUGCACAAUACAUAAACAGUCAAGAUUCAUGGGGUAGAACACCAUUACAUGCUGCAGCAAUUACAGAAAACUCAAGAUGUUUGCAUGUAUUAUUAUCUGCUGGUGCUAAUCCAAAUAUACCAUGUGGACCAAGAGGUCACUAUCGAACACCACUACAUAUUUGUGCAGAACAUGGUCAUGGUUCUAAUAUUGAAAAACUUUUGGAGUUCAAUGCUGAUUUAAUGAUUACUGAUAAUAAUGGUGAGAAACCAAUUGACAUAGUUGAACAAAAUAAACGAGAUGUUUGUAUAAAUUUACUUAAAUCAGCAGCAGAAAAAUAUGAAUUGGCAAAACUGGCAAUGCAUGUUUCUUUGCGUGCAACUUGUAUUCAGGGAGACACAGUAGCAGCUAGGAAUAUUAUUCAAGGGCUCGUUACUGAUGCGGAAUACAUUAUUAACAUGGCACCAAAUGGUGCUAAUACGUUACUUUUUAUGGCAUGUGAAAUGGGCCACAAGGAUAUAGUACAUUUACUUCUAGACCAUGGGGCAGAUUGUAGAGUACAUCCUGUCACCAAGUAUUGUCCUUUAUACAUAGCAUGUUAUAAUGGCAGGGUUGAAAUUGUAGACCUGCUCCUUCGACACCAUCCUAAACAGGUACAAUCUUUAACAGUGGAAAAAUGGUUACCCAUUCAUGCAGCAGCUAUAAACGGUCAUUAUCUAGUUAUUGACACACUACUAAAAUUUGAAUAUCCACAAGACACGUAUCAAUGUUACAAAGAUUCAUCAGGAGAAUUUGAAUAUGAAAUGCCAUUUGAUAUUAAUAGCCAAGAUGUUACAGGGCAGAAUGUCCUUUAUAUAUCUAGUAUACUUGGAAAUAUAAAAAUCAUAGAAUUAUUAUUAAAUUAUAAAGUAAAAGCAAGGAAAAUUAAAAACGAAGAUGUGGGAGUUGCUCAGUCGCUACCUAUGUCGAAAAGAAAAAUUUCAACUGGAAUUCAGAGGUUAAUGUCUAGUUUAAAUUUUCGAAGUAAAGCAUUUGAUAAAAAAGAUGACAAUAUGAUAUGCCCAUUAAAUCUAGAUUUAUAUUGCAACAAUGGAAAUGAAACUGCUUUACAUGCUGCCGUGAAAGGUAAGCAUACAGAAGUUGUUACGGUAUUGUUAUUAGCAGGUGCUGAUCCUAAUUUACCUUUAAAAAUUCCUUAUGAUCAAAGCGAUCCAGAAAGUAAUAACUCUAGUGCAUUAGUUAUUGCUUGCGAGCAGCGUGACAUAAAAACUGCAGAUCUCUUAUUGAAACAUGGUGCUGUAGAUAAUACUUGCAAAGCAAUUAAAAUUGCCGCACAAAAUCGAGAUGAACCACUAACAGCUAAACUUUUAUCUAUAAAGGCCUAUCCAGAUUCUGAAUAUAAAAUCAACAAGAAGGCUAUGACUGAGUGUACUCAGACUUCGCAUUUUUCAGCGUUAUCUUCCUUUGGAAACGUUACAUAUUCGGCAUUAUUUCCAAAUACUCCGACAAUGAUAAACUGGCAUAAUCAAAAAUGUCACCUUUCGCAAAUAAGAUCGCAAUGGCUAAUUGAUGCUGUGUUGUAUGUUAAUAAGAAAUUGAAUGCUAAGAAUAACGAUCUGGUCCUAUAUGCUAUUACAAGGAUAGAUAUUUCUCUUAAUUCUAUUACGUCUGUACCAUCGACAAUAUUUUAUUUACAAAGUCUCAGAUACCUCAAUAUGGCCCAAAAUAAAAUAGAUACUCUGACUGCUGAUUCAAAAAGUCUAAAGGACAAAUUAUGUCCAGUUUUGGAGGAGUUGUACCUUCAAGACAAUCGUCUGGAGCAGUUACCUGAAUUUAUAAUGAAUUUACCCACCUUAGAAAUUAUGGAUGUUUCAAAUAAUAAGCUUCAAUGUCUACCAGACAAUUUAUGGCGAGCACCGAAAUUGAAGGAACUAAAUGCAUCGUUCAAUUUAUUGAAAGAUUUGCCUAGUCAAAUAUUUCAAAACAUACCACGAAAAUCACAACGAGAAGAUAUUCUGAAUAAUAGUCCAAGUAGUCGUAGCUUAGCAUCACAGCUUGGUAUGUCACGGGAAGAAUCAUUAGAAUUUGAAUCUUUUACUAAGAUAGCAAAUGCUCAAAUUAUCGAUAUGAAUCGUCCACAUGUUUGGACUGGAUCAGUUCAAGUUUCAGAAAAAAUUUCAGACGACAAUGAAGGUGGAGCAAGAUCAGCUUUGGCAUCUCUAAAUUUAGCUCACAAUUUGUUUAAUAGCAUUCCGGUGGCGUUGCCGUGUUUGGCUAUUAAUUUAGUAAGAUUGAAUAUGGCUUAUAAUUCUCUGAGAUCUAUGAGCCACAUUACUUCAUAUCCUGCAAGUUUAAAACAAUUAGACUUGUCCAACAAUCAGAUUUCUCGGUGGCCUAGUUUACCACAAGUAGAUAGUGCCGAUAUAAUGGAACAAGCAAACACCGCAUGUUAUUGUCCUAUCACAAAUGUACAAUCACCAAAAGUUCCAGGUAGUAACCGGCAAACAGCAACAUCUUUACGCGAUGUAGUUUUAAUGUCUGUUUGCACACACAGACGCCACUUGAGAUUAGAGAAUUUAAGAACAUUGAUUCUUGCCAACAAUUUAUUAAAUAGGAUUCAAUUGACUUCAGUCGAUGACGGAGAAAUGCCAAGUUUAGAAGAAGAGAAUACAGACACUGAUAUGAAAGUUACUUAUUCUAGCUCGAAACUGUAUCUACUGUUCCCCAAUGUUAGCAUGUUGGAUGUUAGCAAUAACAAAUUAAAAGAAAUACCACAGAACAUUUAUGAGCUUAACAAUCUUUCUGUUUUAAAUAUAAGUGGUAACACAGAUAUUAUUGAGCUACCACCACAAAUGGGAUUAUUAUCUCGCUUAUGGAACUUAAAUACUCAGGGCUGCAGGUUACAAGAGCCUUUAAAAACAAUGAUUGACUCGAAAAAGUAUAAAACUAUGGACGUUAUUGGCUACUUGAAGUCAAUCUUGGAAGAUGCUAAACCAUAUGCUCGUAUGAAGUUGAUGAUUGUAGGAAUACAAGGCAUUGGUAAAACAAGUUUAUUGGAACAAUUGCGACAAGAAGGUGAAGUUCCAAAUAAGAAGAAAGCAUCUGAGCAUUGGGCAAAACGGAUGGGUAAUAAAAAUAUCAAUGCAAAGACUGCUAGAGGAACAACAAUAUCUACUGUUGGUGUUGAUAUUGGAGAUUGGAUUUAUGAGAAGAAAAUGAGAGGUCAGUCAUCUCAUGGAACAGUUUAUUUCAGAACCUGGGACUUUGGUGGACAACGAGAAUAUUAUGCGACCCAUCAAUAUUUCUUGUCUAAACGUAGCUUAUAUUUAGUUGUAUGGAAAAUCACAGAUGGAUUUAGAGGUGUCUCUGAAAUAUUUCAAUGGCUGGUAAAUAUUCAAAGCAGAGCGCCUAAUUCACCAGUAAUUAUUGUUGGCACUCAUUAUGAUAUAUCAAAUGAACAUACUGAGACAUUGCAACAAUACAUUCGUGAUAAGUUUAUAAAUGUUGUCGAUGCUGAAAAGUGUGGUUUGCCCAAAGUUAUGGAAACUAUAGAAGUCAGCUGCAAAACAAGGCACAACAUAAAAAUGUUGUGUAAUUUGAUUUAUGAUGUUGUUUUCAGCUUGAGAUCACCUGGUAGCAAAGAAUUAUUACUCGAACAGAAAAUUCCUUCCAGUUAUCUUGCCUUGGAAGAUGUUGUGAUACAGCUUGCGCAUGAUAGAAAAUUAUCAGGCGCAGAUCCAGUUUUAAAAGCGGAUGAAUACUACGCAUCAGUAAAUAAUGAAUUGCAUAAACUGCAUAGAUCAUUUAGGGAUCUUGCAGAACUACAUCAGGCAACACUUUUUCUUCACGAAAAUGGCAUUAUUUUGCACUAUGACGAUGCUACUCUGAAAGAUCUAUACUUCCUUGAUCCGCAAUGGCUUUGCGACAUGUUAGCACACGUAGUCACAAUACGUGAAAUUAAUCCGUUUGCUAGAUCUGGCAUAAUGAAACUAGACGAUAUACAGCACGUUUUUAAAUCUUCAACAAUAUCAUCUAUAGACACGCAAGGAUACAUCGUUAGCUUGUUAAAUAAAUUUGAAGUUGCAUUAACAUGGGAUUAUCGCACUUUACUAAUUCCUUCUUUGCUACCAACUGAAGAAGACACUUUAAGAAAUAAUCAAGUAAUCAAAAUACCAGUAAAGUCAAGGGGUUGGCAUGUACGUUCUAAAAAAAUUACCUCUCCUAUGAUUGGAUUUCAAAAUUCCUCUGGAGAUAAACCACCUACUGAAUGCGUGCUAACAUCUAGAUCACAACCAGAUUGCUCAGUUACCCGGCUUCUUCUGAUGUCUUACUUUCCAAGUGGAUUCUGGUCAAGGCUUAUAACUAGAAUACUAGCCGAUGAUACUAUUGUUGAAAUUGUAAUGUCCUUUUUAGCCCCGUUUAAAAAUUUUGUCGAUGAUAAAAUUUUUGUAAGUUUCUUAGACACGCAAGCAGAAUGGGUACUUUGGCAGACGGGUAUAGAACUAAGAUACGCUAAUAUUACUUUGCUGCGCCUCAAAGAAGUAAACUACAAUUUAAAGAACGUACCGUACGAUUACAGGCAAUUUAAAUUCAAAUUGAAACAAGAUGGUAUAUGGUGCACGGUAGAUUUAAAAAAUUCAGCAAUUCUAGAAAUUUGGUUUCCAGUUGACACAUUAGUAAUUAAGCAGCCGAUAAUGUCUGAUUCAGCAGAUGAAGAACCAAUGGGAUACCAAGUAAUUAUAGUUGAACCUCGUCCAGAAAGUGUACCACAGUUAUUGGCUCUAAUAGUUGACCAUAUUGACAUUUUAUUAGAAGAUUGGUAUCCUACGUUGGGAACACGGUUUGUGCAUACAUCAGAGGGUAAAUUAUUAGUGACCCGACUAAUACCCUGCCCAAGAUGUCUAUUGAAUAAUGGAGAAAAUGAACAUGAUAUUAGUGAUAAUAAUGAACGGUUAGCAGAGGACAUUCAAAGAUAUUAUGUAAAUAAAGAAAGACAGAGUCAGGAUAGUUACAAAUCUGAUGGUGACAGCGGAGUAGGCUACGAUAGUUUAACAUCAAGCAGAAUACCAUCCUUAGAAGGCCAUCCAGAUAUUACUAAACAAAACGCCAAUUUUGAAGGUAUUUUAGCAUAUUCUUGGAUGGUAGAAGAAUGUAUUCUAUCUGCCUAUAGCAAUAAACCAAUUAGUUGUCCCAAGCAUUCUGAAAUACCAUUAUCACACAUAGCUCCAGAUAUUAUUUUUAUGGAUUUGGGAUUGAACCAUUUAAUAAAAUCAGAAGAUGUUAAACUAGGAAAACUUUUAGGUCGAGGGGCAUUUGGAUUUGUUUUUAAAGGAAUUUGUCGCUUGCCUGUGACUUAUCAAAGAGCUGAUGUUGCUAUUAAAAUGUUACAGCCCGUUCCACCAGGUCCAAAUUCGAAACAGUCUGCAAUUCUAGCUUAUAAAGCUGCACAAAGUAAAUGGGAUCGAGAUUCUUUACAAUAUGCUUGUAAAGCUUACUGUACUGCUAGACAAGAACUAAAUAUUUUAUUAACGCUCAGACAUACGAACAUUGUGCCAUUAAUUGGAAUAGUGGUUAGUCCUCUUGCAUUGGUAUUAGAUUUAGCACCAGAAGGUGCAUUAGAUAAUGUUUUGAGAAACUACAGACGUUCAGGUGCUAGAUUGGAUCCAUACACAUUACAAGCUAUAAUUCUUCAAGUGGCAAAAGCUGUUGAAUAUCUUCACCAACAACAUGUUAUUUAUAGAGAUUUAAAAUCAGAGAAUGUGUUAGUUUGGCAAAUGCCUCUACCUUUUCAAGAUCAUCUUGAACAUCCUGUCCACGUUAAAGUAGCCGAUUAUGGUAUAUCUAGAUUGACAUUACCAACUGGUGCUAAAGGAUUUGGUGGAACUGAAGGAUUUAUGGCGCCUGAAAUUAUCAAGUAUAAUGGCGAGGAAGAAUAUACUGAGAAAGUUGAUUCUUUUUCAUUUGGAAUGUUUAUAUAUGAAUUGAUUACUCUAAGGCAGCCAUUUGAGGGCCAUGAAGCAGUCAAAGAGUGUAUUUUAGAAGGUGGAAGACCACCGUUAACAUAUAGGGAGACAUUUCAUCCCUGCUAUGCUCUUGAUUUAAUGGUUAUAUGUUGGGCUCAAAAUCCAAAAGAUCGGCCAACUGCUAGCCAAAUAGUUUCCAUUGCAUCUGCGCCUGAAUUUACACACCUGGUCGACGUUAUGAUGUUAACAGAGAGAACUCAAGUAACAGCUAUUACCAUGACGAGUAGAACAAUCGAAGAAAAUAUGAAUGGUGAUGAAAUUUGGUUUGGGCAUAACAAUGGUGAAGUAGAUAUGUUAUUGGGAACUCAGAAAGGUUGGUUACAACAUGUUAGAAUUGAAACUCCUAUAAUAGCAUAUGCAAUGUGUGGAGUAGAUGGAUAUAUUUGGAUUGGCGAUAAUGCAGGUCAGGUACAUGUUUAUUUAGGUAGUAAUUUUGGCUGUGUUGCUAGUUAUAACCUGGAACCUGAUCACAGCAGAGAAUCUAAGGUGAUAGGUUUGAUUUAUUUAGAACAGAUAAAACAGUUUGUAGUAGCAUUACAUAGUGGGAGAAUAUUUUUAUUAACAAAUUCUUUUACUCAAAUGAAAAAAAUGGACAUUAUCACUGAUACACAAGACAAUAUAAAAUCAUAUUCCUUGGCAGCUAUUUGUAAAAGGAAACGUAUACUGGAAUUAUGGGUUGGGCAAAGUUUUGGUAGAAUAACAAUCUAUGUAUUAAAAGACAACAAUUUAAUGGACACAUUACAAGUUUUUCAUGUUACUGGAGAUGCAGCUAUUAAAAACUUAUUUGCUACAUACUUGUUAAGUGCUGAAAAUUCCAUUCUAUCGUAUACAUACCCUGGAUGUAUUGUUUAUCAAUGGGAUGUGGAUACUAGGCAAAUAAUAAAUAAGUUAGAUAUGUCUAAAUUAGUACCUUGUUCUGAAAGUCUGAAAUCCAUUUCUAUAGAAGAGAAUUUAUCUACAGAAAAGUGCCAAGUAACAGCUUUUGAAACUUGUAGAAACCAAUUAUAUAUUGGUACAACUUGGGGGUGUAUUGUAGUAGCUGAAUGUAAUUCUCUUCGACCAAUUACAGUUUUCAGACCUUUUGAAGGUAAAGUAUGUCAAAUAAUAUCAUUUAAAUCAGCUGAUGAAAAGAAGUUGGUAUUAGCAACAGUUGGUCAAGGUUACAGAAGUUUAAUUUCAAGAUAUACAGAUUUUCCAAUUGAUGGAUUAGAUGCAGAAGAUCUGAAACAUAGUAUGUAUGCGCUAUUAUGGAAAUCUGAACAUUGGUCAGCUGCAUAA